AUGGCUUCCAGAAAUCCACAUGGAUUGACCACAAUGGAUGCUUCCACGUUUCUCGUCAUUGUUCAUUCUAGUUCCAGCGGAGCCUCAGCUAAGCUUUCAUCCGCGUCGCUCAAUUCCAACUCACAAUCAGUCUCCGUUUCGCAACAAAGUCAUGGAGGCGGUGGCCAUGGAGGUGGUGGCCACGGAGGUGGUGGCCAUGGAGGCCACGGAGGCGGAGGUCAUGGAGGUCAUCAUGGAGGCGGCCACCAUGGUGGACACGGGCACCAUGGUGGACAUCAUGGUGGACACCACG